AUGGCCCUCAAGCUUCCGGAUUUUGCAGAGGAGACAGAUAAGUGGCAAGCGUAUCUCGUUAAGAUUGACGCCUACUUCGAAGCGAACGAAGUUACGGACGACGCGAAGAAAAGGGCCUUGUUGGUGGCUGCGUUAGGAUCGAGGACCGUUGAAAUCCUUUGCGGCAGAAUCGUACCGCGAAAACCAAGCUCGCUGAGUUACGAAGAAGUUGUUUCAACCUUGAACGAGCACUAUGAUCCGUCCCCUAACGAGAUAUCAGAAAGCUUCAAGAUCUUUCACCGAAACCAACAAGAAGGGGAGUCCGUGCAGGCGUUUAUCGUCGAGAUUCGCAAACUAGCGCAUAACUGCAACUUCUCUUCAAUGUUGGAGCGAAUGCUGAGGGACCGCAUCGUUUGUGGAGUGCGCUCGAAAAACCUGCAGAAACAACUAUUAGCCAAAAAGGACUUGACGCUGGCAGAAGCGGAAGCACUAGCUCUAGCAGCCGAAAGCGCGGAGUUAGGGUCGCAACAGAUGACCGGGCAAGGUGACGCCGUUGGGGUGUUCAACGUGCAGCGUAGCAGGCAACCCGAAAUCAGCAGGAGCGAACGGAGCAGCUUAUCGCAGCACUGCAGCUGCUGUGGCAAACAGGGACAUCAAGCCAGGGAAUGCUCAUUACGACGGCGCAGGUGCUACAAAUGUGGGCGACAAGGUCACUUGGCGCGAGUAUGCUCCCGGACAGCCACCACCAACAGAACCUUCGCGAUAACAGAGUGUUCAGCGGAAAGUGAAGAUAACGAUUGUAACGCACUACAAAUAUGGUCAGUGAAGGGUAAUGAAAGCCUGGUUCCGCCUCUACACAAGCAGGUUACAUGGAACGGAGUGCCACUGAAUAUGAUAAUCGACACAGGUUCACCUGUCUGCGUAGUGCCUAAAGCGAUAUACGAAGCCUAUCGUCAUAAGUGGCCACCGCUUUGUAAAGCUGCAUUAACUCUGUCAUGCUAUCUUGGGAAGAUACCAGUGCGGGGCAUUGUCAAAAUGCAAGCUUCCUACAAGUCUGCAACAGUUGACUGCGAUCUCGUUGUGUUAGACUGCGAAGGUCCUAGCCUUUGCGGCCGUGACCUGUUACAGAUGCUCGAGACACAAGGGGCACCGCUUCUUCACAUCGCGUCACUCUCAUCGGACGGGAAGCUGGAGAGUCGGACAGCGGCACCCGUGCUGGAACAGUACGCAGACCUUUUUGCGGAGGGCCUGGGAGCCAUCAAGGGACCACCAGCACGGCUUCAUAUAAAGGACGGAGCAACCCCAAGGUUCUGUAAGGCAAGAAAAAUUCCAUUUUCUUUGCUAGACAAAGUGUCCGCCGAGCUAGAUCGACUCGUGGCCGAAGGCAUUAUUACGCCAGUUUCCUAUUCAGAAUGGGCAACCCCGGUGGUGCCAGUGCUGAAACGUGACGGAACAGUCCGCAUCUGUGGCGAUUUCAAAGUUACUCUAAACCCAGUAUGUGAAAUGGAAAGUUAUCCUCUACCCGUAGUGGACGACAUUUUCGCUACGCUUCGUGGAGGGCAGCAGUUCAGUAUCUUGGAUCUACGUGAUGCCUACAACCAAAUUCUUCUAGACGAAGAUUCGCGCAAGUUAGCGGUUAUAAACACUCACAAGGGCCUCUUUUGUUAUAACAGGCUACCGUUUGGGAUAGCCUCGGCCCCUGCGAUUUUUCAACGAACAAUUGAGCAGGUGCUGCAAGGCCUCCCAGGGGUUCAAGCGUACUUAGACGACGUCCUGAUAGCAGAUGCGAACGAUAAGCCAACUGCGAACCUGCAAGCAGUCUUGCAGCGGUUCAGGGAGUACGGCGUGAAGCUCCGCGCGGACAAGUGCCGAAUAGGUGAGGAGUCAGUUACGUAUCUAGGACACAGAAUUGACGCGGCAGGGUUGCACCCGUCAGACAAGAACAUCGAAGCAAUUAAGCUGGCACCGACUCCUCACAAUGUCACGGAAUUGCGGUCUUUUUUGGGCAUGCUAACUUUCUACAAUAAAUUCUUGCCUAAUCUGUCCACGCUCCUGAGUCCCCUAUACCUUCUUCUGGAAAAGAAAUCGAAAUGGUCUUGGGAUAAGCGCGAAAACGAUGCCUUCCGAAAAGCAAAAGCCGUUUUGUGUUCCGCGCCUGUGUUAACUCACUUCGAUCCCGCACGAGAGCUAUUUCUGGAGUGCGACGCGUCACCCUACGGUGUGGGAGCGGCACUAUUCCACCGAAUUGAAGGACAGUAUCAGCCCCUUGGAUUUCGAUCCAGGACGCUUACUGCCGCAUAA